GGACAAGCAGUAGGGGGUAACAUGACAUAUAUAUAUAUAUAACACUGAAGGUCUUGGCUGCAUAGAAAUCACUUGUGAAACAUCUGGAAGACAGUUCUAAACUUCUUGAGGUUGUCAUGUGCGACUUGUGCGUGUCAGUACUACUCCUACUUGGAGUGGUGUCUGGGCUUUGUAGCAGUGAUCAGUCAUGUCCAGAAGUGAAAGUAUUAGGGAUUGGGGACUCUGACAAAUUGUCAAUUCUUCGAGGCUGCCCUGGUCAUCCUGGCCUUCCUGGUCAAAAAGGAGAUGUUGGGGCACCAGGAGAAAAAGGACAAAGGGGAUCUGUGGGGAGCACAGGAAAGGUUGGACCUUCAGGAAAAAAAGGAGAGAAAGGAGAAAGAGGUGCGACUGAGCCAGUCUAUGCUGCCAGGAACUGCAAAGAAGUACUGAAUCAGGGGGCAGUCCUCAGUGACUGGUACACCAUAUAUCCAGAUGGCAGCCGGCCCCUGAAGGUCCUGUGUGAUAUGGACACGGAUGAAGGAGGAUGGAUUGUCAUACAGAGACGUUGGGAUGGGUCAGUAGACUUCUUCCGCACUUGGGAUGCUUAUAAGAAAGGCUUUGGCAGCCGGCUAAGUGAAUUUUGGCUGGGGAAUGAAAAUAUUCAUCAAAUAACUUCAACAGGGACAUGGGAAUUACGUGUUGAUCUACAAGAUUUUGAAGGUAAAACAGUGUUUGCCAAGUAUGCAAGCUUUAAAGUGUUGGAUGAAUCUGAGAAAUACAAAUUAUUAAUUGGAGCCUAUCAGGAAGGAACUGCAGGAGAUUCUAUGGGAGAUCUAAACAACAUAAAGUUUAGUACUAAAGAUGAAGACAACGACAUUCUUGAGGGCAGUUGUUCCUCACUGUAUAAAGGCGGCUGGUGGUAUAGCGAUUGUCACAAUGCAAACCUUAAUGGACUCUACCACCUAGGAGAGCACACAUCCUAUGCAGAUGGCAUCAACUGGGCUACUGGCAGAGGGCCUCACUACUCAUACAAGCAUGCAGAAAUGAAGAUUAGGCCUGUUUAGAGAAAGAUGGAGCAAUAAUUGUCUUUAAUGGUUGCCAAAACUGACUGCACGGGCCUGGUGGGUGAUGGGUUCAGUUUGGCUGAAGUAGGCUCAGUGUAUUGGCGGCCUGAUCAUAGUUGUAGCUAGGAUUUCCUUCAUGAUUCAGUUCUCAGCUCUAGGCCUGUAUCUAAAUACUCUGACCAAUGUGCGGUGGCCCAGAACCCAGAGCAAAUGUCUCCCCAAAGUUAGUCCUUGUAAAUAGCUCCCUAUAGAUUUGGCUCUAGGUAGGACUUGGAAAGUGUAAGCAUGCUAGGCCAAAGAGGAAAAGCAACGCCUGGGCCCUCCAACAAUACCACAUGCCACCAUUUCUAUUUAAAUCAAUAAAUGUACUGUAUAUAGUUUCAUUGAAUCAUAUAGCAAAACAUUUCCAGCUCACCUGCUCCACCUCCAUAGGCGUGCAAGGAACAACCGUAAAGCUUUCUGAUCCGCUCAUGGAAUUUUAAAGGACUAUAAUAAAGAGA